CAAUCAAAAUGAGAGGCAACAACAAUCAAUAGCACAAGCAAAGCUUCAAGCAUGGCUCUGUUGUAUUUUGCUUUGCUCAUUCUGCUCUUUCUUUUUUCUCUUAAGCUCUUGUUCCAAACAAGAAGAUUUAGAAACCUUCCUCCAGGACCACUUUCUUACCCUAUAAUCGGAAACCUCCUCCAACUCAAACAGCCUUACCACCGCACAUUCUCUCAGAUGUCGCAAAAAUACGGUCCGGUCUUCUCUCUCUGGUUCGGUUCCCGACUCGUUGUCGUCGUUUGUUCACAACCCGCGGUGCAAGAAUGCUUCACCAAAAACGACAUCGUGUUGGCGAACCGACCUCACUUUCUGUUCGGCAAAUACAUCAGCUACAAUAACAGCACCAUCCUUCACUCCUCCUACGGCGACCACUGGCGCCACCUCCGCCGCAUCUUGUCGCUGGAGGUUGUUUCAGCGACCCGUUUAAACUCCUUCUACGAGGUUCGAAGGGACGAAAUCAUGAGGCUGGUGCAAAAGCUCGCUAAGCUCUCAUCACACCAGUUCACGAAAGUGGAUCUAAAAGCCAUGUUUAUGGAAACAUCAUUUAAUACUAUGAUGAGAAUCGUGUCUGGGAAAAGGCUCUUUGGUGAUGAUUGUGACGUGAACGAUGUCGAGAAAGCAAAAGAAUUCAAACAAAUCAUCAAAGAGUUAGUGAUAUUAGCAGGAGUCAAUAAUCGUGGAGAUUUCUUGCCUUUCGUGAGAUGGUUUGAUUUUGAUAAUUUGGAGAAGAAGCUAAAAGGAAUUGGUAAGAGAACCGAUGCAUUCUUACAAGAACUCAUCGAAGAGCAUCGUAAUGGAAAGAACAAUGGAAAUACUAUGAUAGAUCAUCUUCUUGCUCAACAAAAAUCACAACCUGAACAAUACACCGAUCAAAUCAUCAAAGGACUUUCUUUGAGCUUACUACUUGCUGGAACAGAUACAUCAGCUUUAACUUUAGAAUGGGCAAUGGCCAAUUUAUUGAACCAUCCAGAAGUUAUAAAGAAGGCAAAAAAUGAAAUAGACACUUAUGUAGGACCUAAUCGUCUUAUAGAGGAAUCCGACAUGUCAAAACUUUCUUACAUUCAAUGUAUUGUUUAUGAGACACUUCGAUUGCAUCCUGCUGCUCCAAUUUGGUCACCACAUUUGUCUUCNUAA